CAAUGCACUUCUCAGAGGGAAGGCAACCCUGGGAGAGAAGAACUUGUUAAACAAGAGGAAACAAUUUUGGAAGCUACUUAAGUGUGCAGGCAAAAUGAAGCUGACUCUGGUGCAAAUCUUUUUUAUGAUGUUGCUGCUGUUGCUGGGCCUUGGGAUGGGCCUGGGUUUGGGCCUUCGGAUGGCUGCAGCGGUCCUGGAGGAUAGUGAUCAAUCCCUGAAUGAAUUAUUUUGGUCCAGUGACUCACAGGACAAGGCCAGAGUCACUAAGGAGGGAGAGGGCACCCGAACAACAGAAACCCUGCUGCUUAGCAACAAAGGAGUGGUACAACCUGGCUGGCCUGAAGAGACCAUCGUCCAUGAAGAUGAAGUUGGAGGAAACAAGAUGCUCAGAGCUGAGGCUCUCUCUCAGAGCAACAAAGACUAUCCCAGGCUUGACCUGAUGGCCCGGGAAUGCAAUUCCAUGAUGGCACACAAGAUGAAGGAGCACAACCACACAUGCAUCACCCAGUACACAUUCAUCCACGAGGAGCUAGAUACAGUCAAAGCUGUCUGUAAGGGUCCUGUCAUUGCCUGUGAGCUCCAGGGACGCAAAUGUCACAAAAGCUCCCGUCCUUUUGAUUUGACAUUUUGCAGGUUAUCCAAACCAGGCCAAGUCACUCCUCACUGUAAUUACCUAACUUUCAUUUUUGAAAAGUUCAUUAUUAUAUCCUGUAGUGACAUGAAGGUCCAGGUAAUACCUAAUAGAUAGUGAAGCAACUUACUUUCUUCUUUUUCUUCACCUCUCCUCUUCCUCUUUCCACUUCCUCUUUCUCA